AUGAAUGAUAACGACAAGAAUCGUCCUCGUCCUGUUCUCAAGGAAGGUGAAUGGGCUUGUGUUGAUGCAAAAUGUGCUUUUAUUAAUGGAGAGAAGAGAAAUACUUGUCAAAAAUGUGGAAAAGCUAAACCACGUGCCAAACAACGAGUAGGAAAGGAGAUUGGCAAGGAAGCAGCGGAAAAAUCAAAGGGGCUUUUUGCGGCUGAAGAUUGGGUUUGCUCAAAAUGUGGAAAUGUUAAUUGGGCACGUCGACAUAUGUGUAAUAUUUGCAAUGCUCCCAAGUUGGCAGAUCUUGAAGUUCGGACAGGUUAUGGUGGUGGUUAUAUGGACCGAGAGGAUGUAGAAUAUAUUGAACGUGACGAUGCCGAUGAAGAAUUUGAUGAGUUUGGACGUAAAAAGCGCCGAAGUAAAAAAUAUGCUUCUUCAUCAAAUGCUUUGAAUGAUGAUGAAUCACAAAAAUCAUUUGAGGCUGAAAUUGUUUCUUCUGAAGUUGUAAAGGAGGAAAAAGUUGAAAAAUUUGAAGAGAAGAAAGAACAGGAAGAGGAAGAAGCGGUUGAUGAUGAGGAAGACGAAGAUGAUGAGGGCGGGGAUUUGGAUAAAUAUGAUUUAACAGCAGAUAUGGAAUUGACUACUUUCAAAGAUAAUUUGGAAAUUCUGAGAAAGAAAAUGGUUAUAGAAAGUCGAAGAGAUUCAAUGAAAAAAACAAAUGAACAAACUGCUAGAGAUUCUGAUUCUGUUGAUAGCUCAGAUUGUUCUUGUUCGUGUAGUGGUGGCGAUUGUUCUUGUAUAGAUAGUGAGGAAGAUGAGAGAAAAGAUGAAUUAGAGGCAAAACGAAUCAAAUUGGAAUCUGAAAGAAUAAUUAGAGAACAGCGUUUAGAAAAGGAAAGAACAACAGAGAACGAUUUUCGACGCCACCCUAAAAGUCGUGAUCGUGAAAGGCAUCGAGGGGAGCAUCGAUCUCGCAACCACUAUCACCGAAAUAAAAAAUAUUGAUUGAUGGCUCAAUAAUAUUAAUAAAAUAUUUUGGUUUGAAUGGAUAAUCAAUUUUUCCAUUU